AUGUCUUCACACGCCACAGCCCUCUCUUCUCCAUCAAAGCCUGAAGGCCAGGUGGCGGUCGCGCGAGCCAAGUACACCCGCCGCCGGGCCCGCGGGUGGGAAACGACCAAGCUCUUCCUGCGGUCCCUCUCGCUGACGCUCUUCCUCGGCAUCUUCAUCACAAACAUGACCUACCUCCCCAUUGGCAACACAAACUCGGCGCUCGACGAGAUCUGGCCGUGGAUGACCAUAGCGGCGGCGGGGCCGGCGCUGCUCUGGGAUGUCGCCGACCUCCUGACGCUCUGGGUGCGACGGGGCCGCGCCAUCGCGCCCAAGGCGCAGAUUGGCAUCGAGCUCGUGCUCGCGCUGGGGGCGGGCGUCGGGGCGGGCCUCGUGGGGUGGCAGCUCACCAUGACGGCGGCCGGGUUCUCGUCGGCGGACCCGGGGGCGCGCGCCGAGGGCGUCCUCGGCACGCUCUUCACGUUCAUGAUGCUGCUGCUGGGGGCGCGGCUCGUGCUCUUUUUCCGCGCGUGCGUCGACCGCCGGCGGGAGCUGCGCACGCGGCGCCCGCGCAUCAUGUACAUCGAGGCGCUGGGCCAGGCCGUCUUCGUCGUGGCCAAGCCCAACGUCGGCUUUGGGCGGCUGGCCGUGGGCGGCGGCGGCGGCGGACGCGAUCGCAGCGCGACGGGCGACAGCACGAAGCAGACGGCGGCGUCGGUGACGUCGGGCACGGCCAGGGACACGGACAGCUUCGCCGGCACGGAGGCGCAGACGGACGUGACGUCCAUGACGACGCUCGUGCCGGGCCCCAGCCAGGCGGCGAGCAUCACGGCGCGACAGAGACCGCUCAUGAGGCCGCCGCCCGAGGGGUACGAGCCGGACGAGGCCGAGCUGGAGAGGCGACGGCGGGGCGAUGCGCAGCCGCAGUUCAUGGUGGCCGAGGUCGUGGACAUGAAGUUCUCGUCCAACGUUGUCGUGAACCCCCAGGAGGGCAAAUUCCUCGUCGAAUCGUCACGGUCCCCCGGCGUUGCGGGCGAGUCAUCACGGUCACAGUUGAGGUCGGCGCCGAUGGGCGAGACGAGAGCGGACAGGCCGCGGUCUUGGGGCUGA